UGAAUCGAACCUCUCCUUCUCUCUCUCUCUCUCUCUCUCUCUCUCUUCAGCCUCCGACCUAUGAACAAUGCAAAACGGAUAAAAAAAUGGUAUUUUAAAAUUAAAAAUAAAGAUAGAAAAACGUCUAAAUGGAGAAUCCUGAUCUUUUAUCAGUAAAUGGUUACUGCUAUUAAUCUACUCACUCAUCUUCAACUAUCUAAGCACAGAAACCCCCUCUAGCUUGUUCCUCCAUUUGGUUCAACUCCUGAAUAUUUGAAUUCCUGUGUGGUUUUGUGUUCCCAUUGACCACGGCCACUCCAUUUAUUAACUGAUUGGCUGCAAAGUAAAACAGUGACAGCAGUCAAGCAGCUGGGGAAUGAGCUGCUGAAUAUGUAGAAAACUGAACUUAACAGAAAGUAGCAAAUGGAAUUCACGAUGUAAAGACUGAUAUUCGUUUCACAGAAAGAUUGCAACUAUGGCUGAGAAAAUAACAGCAGAGAAAUUUUUAAACAACCUGGUAGAAACCCUUGCUGACAGUAUUCCGAAGCAGAAAUCUGUGUCAUUCUUUGAGGAAGAGACAAGCUCAGUAACUUCUAAAUUCAAUCGGCUUUUUGGACGUCAGAAGCCAGUCCAUCAUCUUCUGGGAGGUGGAAAAUCUGCUGAUGUUCUCCUAUGGAGGAAUAAGAAAAUCUCAGCUAGUGUGCUAUCUGGUGCAACAGCCAUCUGGGUGCUUUUUGAGUGGCUUAAUUACCAUCUUCUGACUCUCAUAUGCCUUGCAUUGGUUCUUGGUAUGCUUGCCCAAUUUGUUUGGACAGUUGCUUCGGGAUUAUUUAACAGCAAUAGAUCCUCAUCUAAGGUCCCCCGCCUUGUACUACCUGAUGAGGUAUUUGUCAGUGUUGGGAGAUCAAUAGGAAUUGAGGUUAAUCAUGCUUUGAAGUUUCUUCAGGAUGUAUCAAGUGGAGGAAAUUUGAAACAAUUUCUUGCGAUUGUAGCUAGCUUGUGGGCUGCCGCUGUCAUUGGGAGCUGGUGCAAUUUUCUAACUGUUCUGUAUAUUGGUUUUGUUGCUGCUCACACUUUGCCAGUCCUGUAUGAGAGAUAUGAAGAUCAAGUAGAUGACUGCGUGUACAAGGUAUUUGACCAGCUUCAAGGUCACUAUCGGAAGCUGGAUGCUGGUCUCCUCAGUUGGAUCCCCAAGCGAAAGCUCAAGGGAAAGAAGCAUGAAUAGAUUGAUGUGGUUGGAUUUUAAUGGUUAUGUAGUUACUUAGUUGUUGAAUAUUGAACAAAUGCUAUGGUUUCAUUCAUGUUAAGUUAACAAUAUUCAAUGUGCCAGGUUGAUGGUGUUGAAUGGUAGUAGUAUUAGAGAC